UAUAUUCAAACCCUAAUUUCUUCAUUGAAAUGUCAACCAUGCUUUGAAAAUUUGCAUGAAUUUCAUGCAUGUCCAAAACGGUUUUGGGCAUGUGUUGUCAGCAUCUUCUUGUGUAGAGAACUUUUUUUCAUUUUACGGUAGAUGUAGACGGUGGAUUUGCAAAUUUGACAUUGUUUUCUCCGUCUUUAUCGGAGCACAAAACAACUAAACAAGUGUAGUUUUGAUCCAACCAACACACAACCACCUUUUAAAAACUCUCCCUUUCCCUGGUUUUAAUGCUUUGAAUGACUCUCAUAAAUAUCUUCACCACUCCUUUACCUAGUUCCUGCAUUUCUUUCAUCACCCAAAGAACGCUCUGCUCCUUUACUCCUCACCCGAGACUCCCUCACCUAUUAUUUUUAGAUCCAUCCAAUUCCAAUGGCAGCUCUUGCACCUACCUCUCUUUCAAAAGAACCUUUACCAAAUGGAACAUUAACGAUCUUUGGUUACAGGGUCAAAAGUGGGGAAAUUCAGCAGACCCAGUUGAGGCUUUGGACUUCUUUCAGGAGCAACACAGGUGUGAAAUUGAGGGCUUCGGCAGAGCCUUCAGCUCUAACACGGGAGCUUAAAGGUGACAAACAAGAGAGCCUAGUGGACAUGGGAAGCGGAUGUGAUUUGUUUGAUGAAAUGAAAAAUAGAUUCCUGAGUUUCAAAAAGCAUAAAUACAUGGAAAACUCGGAACACUUUCAAGCACUUUCCAAGGGUCAAGCUCCUAAAUUUAUGGUGAUUGCUUGUGCAGACUCUAGGGUAUGCCCCUCAAACAUCUUGGGAUUUCAACCAGGAGAAGCCUUCAUGGUUCGCAAUGUCGCAAAUUUGGUGCCCACAUACGAGAGUGGGCCAUCAGAAACAAAUGCGGCAUUGGAAUUUGCUGUAAAUUCCCUUGGAGUUGAAAACAUUUUAAUCAUUGGCCAUAGCUGCUGCGGUGGCAUUCGUGCCCUCAUGAAUAUGCAAGAUGAAGUAGAUUCAAGCUUUAUCCGAAGCUGGGUUAUUGUUGGAAAGAAUGCCAAGCUAAGUACAAAGGCUGCUGCUUCCAACUUCAGUUUUGACCAGCAGUGCACGCAUUGUGAGAAGGAAUCUAUCAACUGUUCACUGUUAAACCUGCUUACUUAUCCAUGGAUAGAAGAAAAGGUGAAGAAAGGGGUGCUUUCUCUGCAUGGUGGCUACUAUGACUUUGUUGACUGUACUUUUGAGAAAUGGACAUUGGAUUACAAGGAAAGCAUUAUGGACGGAAAAAACAGAGUUGUAGUGAAGAACCGAUCAUUUUGGUGCUAACUUUCUAAUUUCAUCUCUUUUUAUCAUUUGCUUUUGCAUUCUCCUUGUUCUAAAGAAUGUGCUUGAUUUAUAAAUGACAAUACGAUUAAAAAAAUAAUGCUUGUUCCUUGUAAUUUCAAGAAAUAACUACUUUGUUCGUGUUGUAAUAAUAUGUUGCUUCUGUAUCUGUGUUUAAUAGGGGAUCUUGCAAAGGAUGUAUGGGCUGGGGUUGGGAGAUAACAUUUUGUAUUUUGUAAUUUUUUAAUUUAAAAC